UUAUAUUAUUGGUGAGGAAGUUGAAGAUGUCAUAACUGAAAAUAUGUAGUGAUGAAGGAUAUGAAUAAAUGGGUCUGUCAUGAUGUAGUCACAGUUCUGUGAGGAAACAUCCUGCUCAAGAACGUUUCAAGACUCUUCCAUCAAAUUUUUCAGAAGUCAUGACUUCUCUUUAUCGGCUUAGCAGGAUCAUGCGUCCUGAUGAUGCCAACAUUAUUGGUAAUGUUCAUGGUGGCACUAUACUGAAGAUGAUUGAGGAAGCAGGAUGCAUCAUUGGUACACGCCACUGCAACACUCAACACGGGGAUCGCUGUGUAGCUGCUUUGGCCCGGGUAGAGCGCACAGACUUCCUGUAUCCAAUGUUUAUUGGUGAAGUGGCCCACGCCAGUGCUGAGAUUACCUACACAUCCAAACACUCGGUGGAGGUGCAGGUGAAUGUCCUCUCUGAGAACAUAGUUACAGGAGCCAAAAAAGUGACCAACAAGGCAGCGCUAUGGUAUGUCCCCCUCUCUCUUCAAAAUGUGGACAAAAUCAUUGAAGUUCCUCCUAUUGAGUACUGUGGCCCAGAGCAGGAGGAAGCAGGUAAAAAGAGAUACGAGGCUCAGAAACUAGACCGGUUGGAGACAAAAGAGAGGAACGGUGAGGUCAUCACACAUGUCUCUCUCCCAGAGCCCUACACUGUUGGAUUUAGUCAGUCGAGUCUGAUCCAUCUUGUCGGCCCAUCAGAUUGCACGCUGCAUGGCUUUGUACAUGGAGGUGUGACAAUGAAGUUGAUGGAUGAGGUGGCAGGAAUCGUUGCUGCUCGUCAUUGCAAGACCAACAUUGUGACGGCAUCAGUUGAUGCCAUCAACUUCCAUCGUAAGAUCAAGAAAGGCUGUGUGAUUACUGUCUCUGGGCGAAUGACCUUCACCAGUAAUAAGUCGAUGGAGAUUGAGGUUUUUGUUGAUGCUGAUCCACUGGUGGAGGUUGAGAAAGGGAAAUAUCGGGCUGUCACAGCCUUCUUCACCUACAUCUCCCUGGAUAAGGACAGCAAACCCCUGCCUGUACCACCACUGAAGAUGGAAGGUGAAGAGGAGCAGAAGCGUUUUGAAGAAGGGAAAGCACGUUACCUGCAGAAUAAGGCAAAGAGACUCACAGAUAAGGAGAGACAACAAUGACUUCAUCUAGGCAGAUGCCAUAUUGUAUUGUAGAAGAACAUUGUGGAAUAAUAGAGCAUCAGCAUUACAACAUUAAGAACCUCUCCUUUAUCCCACAUGUAGCUUAUCAAAUAAAAGGGAGAGAAAAAAUAAUGGUUUACUCUAAUUGAAUUCUCUCUUUCUGUUGUCUCACCACAGGAUACCAAAGCACUUUGUGUAUGUGUAUGUUAAGUGAAUCAAUUUUAAGUCUUAUUUUAAAUUAUUCAAGAAAUGUGCUGAACUGUAUUGUGCACAAAUAAAAGCUUGGGAAUGCAGCUUAAACCUGUGUGCUGUGAAAUAAUGUAUCUGUUUAAUAUAAGAAUUGUAAUCCUGAAUGGACAGACUAUUAAAAUUUCUGUUAAGACAGAGAGACAGACCAAGGGUGUGGAAUACUGUAUAUGUAAAUAUUUGAGAUGCCAAAUGGCUUCACCU